CUCCCCCUCCCUCUCUCUCUCCUUUUGUUUCUGCCUGUCGGUUCCAGUGGUUUCUCCGGUUCUGCUGGAGGUUCCUCCCGGCACUUCCCUCCCUGACCCAUUAGUAUUCAGCCGGUGUCCGGCCCAGCGUUCCGAAUGCACCAUCAGAGGGGCUGGAGAAUCCGGGGGGGAAGGCUGUUGCACCCCCAGUCUGGUGUGGAAUAAAUCUGCCUCUCCCUCAGCCCGACCCACUGAGCUGUAACCGGGGAGCCCUCCGACCCCCCGACCCCCGGCCCCUGCAGUCUCACUGGCGACUCUACAGAAAGAACCUUGGGGAGUCAUUCAGAGCGGAAUCAGUCGCUGCAGCGGCCCCUGUGCGGCUAUCGCCCAGCCUUGGACUAUCGGCAGCAAAACGAUGCUGAGAUUAAGGAGGCAAAGCGAGGGAUUCGAUUGGAUGAGCCAAACGUAACUCCGCCCACAGUUGCAGAUUUGGGCGCAAUGGAAUUCUCAUGAGAUCGCCUGGAUUCCGCCACUUACCCCCUCGUGUCCAACGUCUUCUAAAGGGAAUCGGGAGAGAUUGUGUGACGAUGGCCCCAAACUGAGCCGCCGGCGCCGAGUCUCCUCGUUCCCUCAUUACAAGGUGUUUCUCGAUAAAAUCGUUUCCUGGAGAAGUUAUUACAAAAGUAUGAACAUUGAACAUGGUUCCCCACCUUUGCACCUGCAGGAUUCUGGGUCUGAAGAUCUUUAGAAUGAUUUGGAAGCAAGCUCUACUUCUCUUGUGGGUCACAUCUCUGGCCCUGGGGGGUAUUUCCCCUACUUCCUGCCCCGCGGCGUGUACCUGCAGUAACCAGGCCAGCCGCGUUGCCUGUACCCGGAGGGAACUGAUGGAAGUGCCCGAGAGCAUCUCCGUUAAUACGCGAUAUCUGAAUCUUCAGGAGAAUAUUAUCCAGGUCAUUAAGACGGACACUUUCAAACACCUUCGUCACCUGGAAAUUCUUCAGCUCAGCAAAAACCUGAUCCGUAAGAUCGAGGUUGGAGCUUUUAAUGGACUCCCAAACCUGAGCACCCUGGAACUUUUUGAUAAUCGCUUGACCACUGUCCCCACUCAAGCCUUCGAGUACCUGUCGAAGCUGAGAGAGCUGUGGUUAAGGAACAACCCAAUUGAGAGCAUACCCUCCUAUGCGUUCAACCGGGUCCCUUCCUUGCGGAGACUGGAUUUAGGGGAACUUAAAAAGUUGGAGUAUAUCUCAGAAGCUGCCUUUGAAGGUCUUGUCAACUUGCGGUAUCUCAACCUAGGCAUGUGUAACUUGAAGGACAUACCCAACCUUACGGCUUUGGUGAGACUGGAGGAACUGGAACUCUCUGGGAACAGACUGGAAAUGAUUCGCCCCGGCUCUUUCCAAGGGCUGACCAGUCUCAGGAAGCUGUGGCUGAUGCAUGCACACGUUACCAUCAUAGAGCGCAAUGCUUUCGAUGACUUGAAAUCUCUGGAGGAACUGAAUCUCUCUCAUAACAAUUUGAUGUCUCUUCCCCAUGACCUGUUUACGCCUCUCCACCGCCUUGAGCGAGUGCACCUCAACCACAAUCCCUGGCACUGCAAUUGUGAUGUAUUGUGGCUAAGCUGGUGGCUCAAAGAGACCGUGCCCAAUAAUACAACAUGUUGUGCCCGUUGCCAUUCGCCUCCCAACUUAAAGAUGAGGUACAUUGGGGAGCUAGAUCAGAGCCAUUUCACCUGCUAUGCCCCCGUUAUAGUGGAACCCCCCACUGACCUUAACGUGACAGAGGGCAUGGCGGCUGAACUCAAGUGCCGAACUGGUACAUCAAUGACCUCUGUGAACUGGUUGACACCAAAUGGGACCUUGAUGACCCACGGCUCUUACAGGGUGCGCAUUUCAGUCCUUCACGAUGGCACACUCAAUUUUACAAAUGUAACCGUUCAAGAUACGGGCCAGUACACAUGUAUGGUGACCAAUUCAGCCGGAAAUACUACGGCUACUGCCACCCUCAACGUAUCUGCUGCUGCUGAUCCUGCCACCACCGACUAUACAUAUUUUACUACCGUGACUGUUGAAACUAUGGACUCAAACGUGGAGGAGACGAAACCUACUGACAAGGAGCCCGGCCCCACCCCGACGGUGCGAUGGGGAAUAACCUACUCCACCACCUCGCUCACUCCGCGUAGUACGCGUUCUACGGAAAAGACCUUCACCAUCCCCAUUACAGACGUGACGGGGAACAUCAUGAAGGAUCUGGACGAUGUUAUGAAGACCACUAAAAUUAUCAUAGGAUGUUUUGUAGCGAUAACUUUUAUGGCAGCUGUUAUGCUCAUUGCAUUUUACAAACUCCGAAAGCAGCACCAGCUUCACAAGCACCACGGGCCGACGCGGACUAUCGAAAUAAUCAACGUGGAAGACGAGAUACCGGCCACGGCCCCGGGGGACAAUCACAUGGCCCUACCGGCCAUCGAGCACGACCACCUCAAUCAUUACACUGCGUUUAAGGCCCAUUAUAACAACAAUACGGGGACCCUUAACUGUGCCAAAAACCCCAUGCUCAACUCCAUCCACGAACCCCUUUUGUUUAAGAGCAGCUCAAAGGAAAACGUUCAAGAGACGCAAAUUUAGCAGAAAUAACCGGGCAGUGUUAUUGUUUGUGAAUUUCAAAUGACAGAAUCCUUUUCCACAUCUUCAGAAAGAACUCUGCCCAACGUGCCGGAACCACGAGAGUCCACUUGGGCCGCGACGCGAGUCUCUCUGGGUCGGUCUUUUCAUGGAUAUUCGAUGGACGGAAUUCUCUUACUAACAGAGAGCCCAGCACUGACACAAACUGACAAAAACCUUUUGAUAAUUUCCAAGGGAUGUUUCACUCUCCGACUACCUGAUGUAUUACUAAAAAAAAAUUUUUAAAAAGCUUAAAAAAAGAUAAGAAAAAGGGGGAAAAAAAAAUGUAAUGAAAAGAAUAUGUAAGGAAAAAAAAGCUUAUUUUGUGGUACAGCUCUUUAUGUGUAAAUUCUAUUUCAGAUCUAUUUUCAUCAAGGCAAGUGUUACGGAAUGGGAGAAUCAAUCCCGCCAUUACUGAGGCAGAAAAUUGCAUUUUUUAUUAAUCACUAAGGAGUUUCUGUUGAUUAAUUGUGUGGGAAAGAAUCGUUGCCAAGCCAGCUCCGCCUCCAUGGGAGGGGCCAUUGCUAUGAUUGGCUAGCCAAGGGUGCCUGCAAUGGAGCACUUGCCCUAUUGACUCCAACUUGGCUCCGUUACGAUCCUUUGGGACGUUUCCUUGGUAACAAUAACGGGACGUGGGGGUUAGUGUGCGGGGAACGGCACUCCUUGCACUUCUCCUUCUUCUUCUGGGGGGGGGGGGGUUCGUUUUUUUUGUUUUUUUUUUCUAAUUAAAAAUAAUAAAAGGUUUUUGCAACCUUUCAAAAUGUUUAUUUUAAAAGUUACUGUGCCAUAGAAACAUUGAAAAUGUGCCAAUUCUCUUCUGAACUUGACUGAAAAACAUAAGUGUAUGAAAAAAAAACAGGUUUUUACAAAAAAAAAACAAAUAAUAAUAAUAAUAGUUUUUGGGAAAGAAGCGACGGAGGACUCGGUUUUCAUCCUUCUGCCACAGGAAUAUUUGGGCCACUUGUUAUUUUUGGUUUUUUCUUUCUGGAUUUCUAAAGAAAAUGGCCGACGUGUGACAUCAUGACAUUGAUAUGAACUCAUGGGUUUCGUUUGGUUUUUUUAAGUUUAUUUGAAUUUUUUAGUAGGCGAUUUUUGAAUGAUUCUUGUGACUUGAAGAAGAAUGAAUUCUCUCUGUCAAAGGCCUUGGAGACAUAAAGGUUCUAUAAAGGAAAGGACAUCGCCAAGUCUACAAAAACAAAUAAAAAAUGAAAAAGA